AUGUUAUCCGCCGAGAGUUUCGAUAGUUUUCCAUAUACGGCUACAACCACUCCAUAUCAUAGACCAUACGGGAAUUUUAAUAACAACGAAGACGGUGAAAACGAUACAUCUGCUGUUUUUAACUUACUCGGCAGUAAUAAUCAUAACGACAUUGAACAACUUAUCGUCUCUCUUGCAUCUGCCACCACUACACCAUUUUUCGGUAAUUUAGGCGACGAUUUUGGUACAAGUCCAACUACUAAUAAUAUUGUUAGUAGUAGAAAUAAUAUCAUUAAUACUUUGGGACACGGUGGUGGAUAUAAUUCC